UGUAUGCACGAGUACAUGGACAUCUACUCCGAGAUGGCGUCGCUGGAGACCGUCGAGCUGGUCAACUCGGCCUUCGGAGGCCGGUACUGCGGCCCCAUCCCGCCGAGACGUCGCGUCUCCCUCCAUCGCGCAGUGGCUUUGUCUUUCUAUACCGACAAAAUGUACACACCGCCAACGCUCUUCACAGGGACUUACCGCUUUAUCAACUCCUCGGAAUUCGAGGUGGGAACUCCAGUGCCAAAUACGUUGUGUUCGUUCGUGAUAGACGCCAGCAAGCGGAAGACGGGGUUCCUUCUGUCGCCGACUUACCCCGGAAUUUAUCCCAAGGACAUCACUUGCAACUACAUGUUCACCGGGCAGCCGGGGCAGAGGAUACGUCUGGAGUUCAGGGACUUCGAUUUGUUCUUCGGAGGGCCUCACUGCCCAUUCGACUGGGUCCGCGUGUACGACGGGCCCGACAACACAUCGGCUGUGAUCGGAACUUACUGUGGCCAGCAGAGGAACCUGGUCCUCUACUCCAGCGACGAGCGCCUCCUGGUCACAUUCUACACGUUACCACGCUCGGCGAGCACGCAAAACCGCGGGUUUAAGGGUAUCUUCGAGUUUUCCGAGAGUUUUGUUAAGUUAGAUUUUAUAAGUAAACACGAUGCUGAGCACAUCAGGGGCUCGGAGUGUGAUCAGAAAAUCCUUAGUAAAAAGGAGUCCACAGGCUUCGUGUACCAUCCAAAUUAUCCAUUCCCUUAUAUACAAAAAGUUGUUUGUAGAUAUUUUAUAUAUGGUAUGCAAGAUUCGCAAAAUUUAGAAAGGGUACGGUUAGAAUUCCAAAACUUUUCUAUACCUAAAGGAUUUAAUGCAAAACCGGACACGUGUAACGAAGGCUACCUGAAGGUAUACUUACGAGGUCAAGAAGCAACUGAUUCGUAUGACAAGCAUGACGCGGAGCUGUGUGGGGAAGGAGAAGUGGGGCCGCCAGCGUUCCCUCCACCUUUGCUAUCGGACGGGCCAAGGCUGGUCAUGGUAUUCAGUUCUGGGGAACUGCAGGGACGCGGCUUUAAAGCCAAGUAUACCUUUGAGACUGAAUAUCGCGUACCAGGGACUGCCGCGCCGGGCGGAGAAUGCGCCUUCACCUACCGCUCAGAGGCCAAGAAGAGAGGGGAGUUCAACUCCCCCCGCUACCCAUCCAAUUACCCCUCCCGUACAAACUGCACGUAUACUCUGGACGCUACUCCCAAUGAACAAGUCACGGUCGUUUUUGACCAUUUCAAGGUCAGGGCGGAUACUUGGAACGCCACGGCUGGGCUUUAUGGCGGUACGACCUGCAGCGAGGACUGGGUGGAGGCGUGGUGGACGGGGCGCGAGGGCUCGCGGGUGCCGCUGGGGCGCUGGUGCGGGCUCGCCACGCCCGGCCCGCUGCAGUCCCCGCGCGGAGCCCUAGGGCUUCUCAUCGCGUUGCACACCGACUCUGAGAGCGUCGCGUCGGGGUUCAAAGCUAGAUAUAUUUUUGAGCCAGCGAAGUCGAUCUUCGGCGACUGCGGCGGCAACAUGUCCGGCGCGGAGUGGGGGGUGAUCACGUCGCCGCGGUACCCGCUGCCGUACGAGCAGCCGACCAAGGGCACGGCGUCCCGCGUCUGCAACUGGUUCGUCACCGCCCGGCCGGGGAAGAGACUCUUGCUCAAUUUCGAACACUUCGCCGUGGAGGGGCAUCUCACUGAGCGUGGUUGCCCUGCGGCGGUUUUAAGGCUGUGGUACGAGAGUCCAGGGCCUCCCCUGGAGCUGUGUGGAGAGAAGGCACCUACGGAUCGCUGGCAGUAUCUGUCUUCCUCCAACUCUAUAAGACUCUCGUUCAUAAUCGCGGACAAGUCGGUAGGCGCGGCGGGGUGGCGCGCCGUGUGGACGGAGGUGUCGCCGGCGCCGUGCGCCUCGCCCGACCUUGACUGCGCGGGCGCGUGCCUCCCGCCGCAGGCGCUGUGCUCGGGCCUGCAUCACUGCGCGCUCAUACCGCCCACCAAGGCGCCGCACUGCGGGGCGGCGCCGGGCCGCGUGGCGCCGCGCGCCGCACUCGUCGUCCUUUCGCUUGUGCUCGCCGCCCCGCACUGACCGGGCGCACACGCGGCGGCGGGGCAGCGGCUGUAGGGGGCGCCGGGUGGGGCGCGGCGUGGUGGCUGGCGGCGGCGGGGGGCGCCGGCGGGUGCGCGGCCCUGGGCGCGUGGUGCCGUCGCCGACGCCGCUCCCGGCCGCGCGCGCCGCCCCCGCCGCCGCGCCCGCCGCCCCGCGCCCUUGCGGCUCGCCUCGCAGCGCCUCAAGACACCGUAUGACGACGCGCCGGGGCCGGCAAGCCUCGCACAAAUAUAUAG